AUGGAGAGCCACAAAGAUGUGAUUCUCAGCCAGGCCCCGGCGAUGUACGAGAGAACCGGAAAGGGUGCCGGCGUAUUGGAGAACUACAAGGGGAUCCUGCUCUGCGCCCGCCCGGCAAAUCUUCCGCAUGGCCCCUCCAUGCAGCUGCGCGGGGAGACCGUGGUUGGUGGGACUUUGUCGACAGUUGGCGGUGAGGCGGCUCCCGCGUUUGUGCCGAGCGGUGCGACAGAAACUCAGGCGGGUUUGGGGCCCUCCGUUGAGGAUCGCGCGAUCAUGGAGCGCAACCGCCGCAGGCGGCUAGAAAACUACAAGCAGCAGCGUGUCACUGCGCGCUCGGUGCUGACGCGCCACCGCCGCUGGCUUCGCAGCUUUGCAGAAGAAGUGCGAAGAAUGAAAAAAGACGAGAUACAGCACGAGGUUGAGCUUGCCAGGCGCGCGGGGCAGUUUUCUCAGCAGCAGGCUCAAAAGCGUGUGGAGGUGGCCGCUGGUGGCUUCCACCAGACCGCCGAUGCAACGCCAACGAUCAGGGAGCCGAAGCCGCAGGAGGAACGGGUCUCCACCGAUGCCGAGCAGGCCGCCAUUGGGAAGAAGAAAAAGGCGGCGGCAAAGAAGAAGCAGAAGCCCAAGUGGGCUCUCACAGAAGAUGAGGCGUUAGAAGAUGAAUUGGCGGACGCCGACGAGCUGCUGGAAUUUGCUAAGAACCUUGACUACGAAAAGUUCAUCAGCGACUAUGAGGUGGCUGGGGCGCUGGCAAUCAUGCGGGAGCGCGUGGAGGAAAUUGCGCGGGAGAACAAUUGGAGCAAGGAGACGGUUGAGCGGGCAGCGAGUGAGUCUGUGGACGAAGAGUUUGGCGAGGAUGAGGCGGAGGCGGGUAGGGACGACACCACGUCGAGGACGGGUGCACCACGCGGGGAGUUGCAUGCACCAAAACAGGGAAUCAACGCUGCCAUGGCGCGAAAGGCCGCCCCACGCCACGCCGUGAAGCACACUGAGGGCUGGGACAAGUCAACCAGCAUUGGUGGGGUGCUUAAGCGUGCCAUCUUUCGAGACACACUUCUGUUAGCGGAGCGCAUCCUUGCCUCCUCCGCAUCGAUGCAAAAAAUACACACCAAAUACAGCCUUGCACGUGUCCUGCAAAAGUGUGUGUUAACCGGCACCGACGCUACGGAGGCUAUGCAGAAGCCCUCCAUCGGCGGAAGUAGAGGAUUAGACGGGGGGCCGCGUAUAGUCAAGGUGCAGCCCGACGCAACGGGAUUAGAACCCGGGGAGGAGAACACCGACGUCGGGUCGCAGCGGACGUUGUUGGCAAUGCAGCGCUCAAAGGAGCGGACGCAGGGCCUGCCCUACCUGUAUCGCUGCCCCGCCAUCUAG